AUGUGCACAGCCCGAUCUGUGAGAACCGGAAGAGCAUUUGAACACGUUCCAUACAUUAAGGCAAAUUGCCUUGACAACGCCUUUGGUGAGGCAGAUUUUCACACUUGUGAAAAAGUCACCAAUUUUAAUGCCUCUGUUCUAAAGCCAAAUGUAUGCCGGUUUCAGUACAAGACCUCGAUUCGUGUGUGGGAACACUUCGAAGUGCCGUAUUACAAAAAUUAUCCAGUUUGGAAGAAGGACUGCGGUGCGAAAGGCACUUGGUGUAAAGUAGACGAGCAACGUCGUGAAAUAGCUACCAGCUAUAGAAUAGUUGACCAGCCUGUUUUUCAAGACAAAAUUCAAUGCUGUGAGGGAUUUAUUCGUGUGCCUGGAUUUGAAGGAUGUGUUGCAGAGUCCAACUGUAAUCCAAUGUUGAAGACCACACAAUGCCUUAAUGGAGGAAUCUGCUACGAGAAUGGACAAUUAACAACCUGUAUGUGUCCAAAAGGCUACUCUGGACCUCGUUGUCAAUAUGCCGAUGAUAGGUGUCGACAAAACAAUGGCGGAUGUGAGCGAGAGUGCUGCAAUAUGGCCGGAGGUUAUUACUGCCGCUGUCCACCCGGCUACCGACUUGCACCUGAUCAACGUCAUUGCCUAGACAUUAAUGAGUGCGAGAACAACCGCGGCGGUUGCAUUUAUGGUUGUGAAAAUCUUCCAGGUGGAUUUCGUUGCACCUGCCCAGAGGGAAUGAUACUUGCUGAUGACAAACUUUCCUGUCGACCGUACAUGGAUCCCUGUGCCCCUCCAGGAAAAGGCGGUUGUGAGCAUAUCUGUACAACUCUUUCCAGUUACCGCUAUGCUUGUUCCUGCUAUCCAGGUUAUCAGUUAGCUGAGGAUAAGAAACGAUGUAUCGCUGAAAACCCUUGCCUCAAGGAUAAUGGAGAUUGUGAACACCACUGUGAAAACGAAAGUGGUAUCAAAGUCUGCUCCUGUCGUCCAGGCUUCAAAGUUUCCCCCUACGAUCCACACAAGUGCCUUGGUAAGUCAUGCAUUAAUGCUUCAUGUUUCCCCAAGGCUGUCAAAGCCAUCUUCGGUUUGUUACUGGAUAAUCACUGCUGUCCUGACCACCCAAUUUAUCUUCCAGAUAUCAACGAAUGCGAAAAAAAUAAUGGCAGAUGUCAGCAUCGUUGUAUCAAUGUUGAAGGAUCAUACAGCUGUGACUGCAAUCCUGGAUGGCAGCUUGGAAGUGAUGGACGAACUUGCUAUAGUGAGUUAUCUCUCAAAAGAACAGCCCUCGACAUCACUCUUGGAUCAUUCACUCUCCCUAAGCACACCACAGAUUCGACUUCUUUAACACCUCCAGGGGUAGUGUUGGAGGUGACAGACCCCUGCGAAAACGGGAAUGGUGGAUGCACGCAAAAGUGUAUUCGAACACCAGCGGGAACAGCUGAAUGCGCCUGCAAUCCCGGAUUUGAUCUUCAAGCCGAUGGCAGAACUUGUGAAGAUCGUGAUGAAUGUGCAACCGGGGAGGCGAAGUGCCAUGGGGUUGCAUCGAAAUGCAUGAACGAAAUCGGCGGUUACAGAUGUGCCUGUGAUGAGGGCUAUCGCUUAUCCGUGGAUGGAUUCUCAUGUAUAGAUAUCGAUGAAUGCCUGAACUACAACGGUGGAUGCUCAGGCAGAUGCAUUAACACACCAGGGAGUUAUAGGUGUGUUUGUCAGAUGGGCGAAGAAUUGGCCGAGGAUGGUAGAACCUGUGUUCGUAAGUGCUUGGAGUCCAUGAAAAAAUACUGUCUCCUAGCCACGAUACAUGCUGCAGAUCCAGUUGUGGCUUCUGAGCACUGCGUUUCCAGUAAUGCAAACUUUAUCGUAGACGAAUCUUUUGUGAGUCACUGCCAGAACCAGAGGACCUUCUACACCAAGCACAUUCCUGAUAAAAUUUGUCUCAAGGGAACCUUUGGACCGCAAUGUGAAUACGUCUGCUCGGAUUGUCAAAAUGGUGCUUACUGUCAAAGUGAUAGCCGUGGAUGCAAGUGUCCACCCGGAUUUCAGGGGAUCGUUUGUGAAGAACCAUGUCCCUCGGGUACAUGGGGAGUUGGAUGCAAGCAAAAAUGUGAUUGUCCAACCGGCAAGUGUAACUCUGCCACGGGUACUUGUCAAUGUCCACCAGGUCGUUAUGGAAAGAAGUGUGAGAAAGUCGGCUGUCCACCAGGAUAUUGGGGAGCUGCCUGUGAUAAAAGAUGUCCCAAGCAAUGCUCCACCGGAUAUUGUCACUCCAAGACGGGUGCGUGUACUUGUGCACCGGGAAAAUAUGGCUCCUCCUGUCAUAUCACCUGUCCAGAGGGCACAUUUGGAGAGAUGUGUGCAGAGGCGUGUCCUGCUAUGUGCUACGAUCCGAAUAGCAACUACAAAGGAUGUGAUCCAGAAACCGGUGAAUGCCUAUGCAAGCCUGGCUACCAUUCGGUGGGAUGUUCAAAACCCUGCGGUUUUGGAUUCUACGGGCAGGAUUGUCUGGAGAAAUGUGAGGAUUGCUCUCGUGGCUGUGAAACUGAGACAGGGAAGUGCAUCGGUUCCUGUCCUGCUGGCCGCUGGGGUCGCAAUUGCGAUCAAUUCUGUCCUUCGGGCAAAUUCGGCAAGGAUUGUGCCGAGUCCUGCGCCUGUGGUCCAAUGGGGCUUAACUGCGAUCCUGUCGAUGGGGUCUGUUUUUGCAUGGACGGCAGCAAAGGAAAAACUUGCAACAUUCAGAACGAUCCUGUUCCGAACAUUCAAAUUCAACCAGUUUGUCCCCCGGGUCGAUGGGGUCCAGACUGUGAGAAGACUUGUGAAUGCAAAAACGGUCUUGAGUGUGAUAAGGACACCGGUACUUGUGUUUGUUCACCCGGCUACAUUGGACACAACUGUGACCAACCAUGUCCAAAGGGAAAAUUCGGACAAAACUGUGGAUUUACAUGUGUCUGCAUUCAUGGCAAAUGCGAUCACAGAUCGGGAGCAUGCGACUGUGAUCCGGGCUGGCACAACAUGCAAUGUGAUCUGCCCUGUCCAGCGGGGUAUUAUGGAGAGGAUUGUCAACACAUUUGCAGCUGCUACAAUGGGGCUGAGUGCAAUCAUGUAACCGGGCAAUGCAUUUGUGCUGCCGGUUGGACCGGCUCUGACUGUCGCCUACCCUGUCCGGAUGGUACCUACGGUCAGAAUUGUAAAAAUAGGUGUGAGUGCGCCUCCGACGUGGCUGGAAUCGAAUGUGACAAGGUGACUGGAGAAUGUCGCUGCCCUCCAGGUCGUAGUGGAAGUCGAUGCGAGGCCCCCUGUCCCCGUGGUCGGUGGGGCGAGGGAUGUAGGCAAACAUGCGUCUGUCUGCGAGGUGCCACCUGUUCUCCUAUUGAUGGCACUUGCAAUUGUCCGGCCGGGUGGUUUGGAGAGAUGUGUGAACAGCCCUGUCCACAAGGGCGGUGGAGUGAAGGCUGUGUCAGUGUCUGCCGAUGUAGGGACGGUGUUGAUUGUAAUCGGUUCACCGGCCAGUGUGAGUGUCCACCGGGAUAUACAGGGACCGAAUGUCAUAAACAAUGCGAGGCGGGUUAUUAUGGCAAAAAUUGCACACAGGUCUGCGAAUGUCGGCAUCCAGCUGCCACUUGUGAUUUCGUCACUGGCUUGUGCUCAUGUCCGCCAGGAUGGACGGGGAAAGAAUGCGAAAAACCCUGUCCACAGGGCACCUAUGGCAAGGAUUGCAGUGAAAGAUGCAACUGUCCAGACCACCGACCUUGCAACCACGAGACGGGAGAAUGUGCCUGCCCGCCUGGACGAACGGGUAAACGGUGUGAAGAGCUCUGUCCCACCGGCCGAUGGGGUAUCGAUUGUCAACGUAUCUGUCGUUGCAGUGAUCAACUUGGACCUGACGCAAUUUGUGAUCCUGAAAAUGGACAGUGUCGAUGUCGUGAUGGGUGGAUGGUGGUGGAUGGACGAUGUGCUGGACGAUGUCCUGAAGGCGCCUACGGACCAAGAUGUGAAUACAGCUGUCAUUGUGAUAACGGCGGAACUUGUCAUCCCAAUAAGGGUACCUGCAUCUGCAAACCAGGUCAGUCGAGAUCAUUUGUACCAUCAAAUCAACUGUUGAACGACCUUCUCCUCAUCUCUCUUGCCUUCUUAAAUGAAUUUGUACUGCCUAUUCAAGGCAAACCAGGAUGUUUCUACGGUGAACGUUGCGCCAUUCCAUGUCCUGAUGGAUUUUACGGAGACGGUUGUCGACUUCAAUGUCACUGUAUCCAUGGCGAGGCCUGUGAUCCUAUUAGUGGGGCAUGUGAUUGUGAUCCCGGCUAUUAUGGGGAAAAUUGUGAACUAACCUGUCCUCCCGGGAAAUGGGGCAGGAAAUGUGAAUCCAAAUGCCCCAUUUGUGUCGCUGGACAUAUGGAGGCCAGCUUCGCUUCCUUGACCUCUGACUACAACUCCGACGAUGACACCUUCUCUGCGCAGAGCCUUAUCGUUUCCAUGGGACGGCAACGUCCACGUACCACCGAAAUACUCAUAUGUCAUCCACAAACAGGUCUCUGCCCUUGUCCACCAGGGACCGAGGGGGAUGACUGCAGUUCCACCUGUCCAGAAGGUCGGUUUGGACCCGGCUGUUCUCAGGUUUGUGGCUGCCACAAUGGUGGCCGCUGUAAUCCCGUGAACGGAGCUUGCGAUUGUCCAGCUGGAUUCUUCGGGCCUCUGUGCCAACUCCAAUGCCCCGGAGGUUGGUGGGGUCCUGGGUGUCGUUUCAAAUGUACUUGUUUUAAUCCACGCAAGGGUGAGACGGAUUGUGAUCCCCUUACUGGACGGUGCAUCUGCAAGGCUGGCUACACUGGCGACCGAUGUGAUCAAGUGUGCCCUCGGGGUUACCGUGGUGAGAAGUGCGCUCAGCGAUGUGAAAACUGCGAGGAGUGUCACUUUGAGACAGGUCGCUGCCUCUGCGAUCUGGGCCAAUAUGGAAAGAACUGCAAACGGAGUUGUCAGGCCGGUAGAUACUUCGGGGAGGAUUGCAGGUAUCAUUGCCAAUGCACCAACAAUGGCCAAUGCUCUCCCCGCACUGGUUCUUGCACAUGUCCAGACCCCUACGUGGGACCCGACUGCAGUGUGAGAAAUGUAGGUGACCUCAUUUUAUUGAUGUAUGCUGCUUCUCCGAUAGCCAAUCAAAUUGCCACUACCAAUAAUCAGGGGAUUAUCAACAAAUCAAAUUGUCACUUUGUAGGCAUAAACUAA